AUGGUUGCGCCGGCAGUGCCAGAGAUCAUUGAAGACGAUGAGAUCGGCCUCGCGGUAGACGCUCGCACAGAAAGUCUACCCGGACUGCGCGAACUGGGACCUCCUGAUCUUGUCCACUUGGUCAAGCAGAGCGUCAAAGCUGGCAAUAAGCAGACUGGCGUAUAUCACCAUGUUACCGGCAUCGAUGCCUCCUCCUCUGCGAGCUUGGCGGCGUACGUCAACACCUUGACGUUCAAUCCCACGGAUAAGACCCACAAGGUGGUAUCCGGGCUCUAUUGUUGCUACAACGCUUUUUCGCAUCUCGAUAUGCGCGUCGAAGUCAAAAUCCCGGGCAGUGUGGAGAGUUACUGUGUGGAUGAAAGGGGAGACAGAAGAGUUGCAACGGAGAAUUUGUGGCUGGAGACGUUUCUCUGCGCCGUUUUGCGAGCAUAUUCCUAUUCAGACAAUGGCAGCGGUGAUACAAUAAAGAAGAUUAUUGGCGUCCGAAGAUUCAACCCGAUCAUUAACACUGAGCUGGAGCACCGUUUCUUCGAAGCCGCCGAGAGAUUGUUCUUCAAUGGCCGUCAACUUGGAUCGGACCCGGAAAUCCAAAUCCCCAACGUGGUCUCCAACCAUCUCACAGCGGGACUCUUGAAGUACAUACGGACAACUGGACGAUUUGCAUCAGGCAUCAACUUGUUCGAGAAGCUACGGACAAAGGACGUGGAAGUUUCGUCAUUGCUGGCCAGAGUGUUACUGGAUGGAGACGAAGAGAUCCAAGCCGUGCGGCUUCUACAUGAUUCAUUACAGGAUGUUCCCAUGGACUAUGCACUUCUGGACUGUCAAGCCGCCUUCUGCCAGAGCAAAGGCGAGGGCGAGAUGGCCUUGGAACUAGCGAAGCAAGGAGUCACAGCAGCUCCCAGUGAGUUCAGUACUUGGGCUCGAUUGGCAGAGGUUUAUGUGGACCUGGAGCAGUGGGAUCUGGCUUUGCUUACCUUGAACUCCUGUCCCAUGUUCUCGUACCAGGAUAAGGACUCACCUAGGAUGCCUGAGCCGAGUCGCGUGCUCCUGCCAAUCCUUCCAGAGAGUGCGCUGGACGAGAUCGACGAGGGACAGCCAAGACACGGAGAGCCCUAUGAUCAAGUCCAUGUCUCGUUACGAAAAUUACAGGCGGCCACGUAUCAAGGGACCUUCUUGAAAGCAUACAGCUUGCUGACACGGAUUGCUGCGGCCAUCGGAUGGGACACACUCUUGAGGACGCGCAGUCAGGUCUUCGUGAUGGAAGAAGAGUACCGGUCUGAAAAGCAGCACCAAGUGACCCCGAAGAUACCCACUAGCAAGAAUGCGAGCACAAUCGCUCUGUCUGGAACUCCAAAUGGCCACUCCAAGGAAAAGGAGAACGGAGUAGACGACGACGACGAGUCAGAUGAUGUUUCUGAUUUGGAAGAGCCGAAGAAACUGGGCGAUCAACUUGAUGAGGAGAAGAUUAUCGAUGAAUCUUCCUCCACUGCGCCGACACUAAAUGGCGGCCUCAACGAAAAUGAAAACGCAGAGAUCAAGGCGCACCGAUCAAUGGAGAAACCGGUGCCCACAAUUGCAGCAGAGGAAGUCAAGUCGGGCAGUGAUGAGCCAGAUCCAUCUCACAACAACUACCCACAAUUCCAGAACAAACGCCUAUGCGAGCGGUGGCUCGACAACUUGUUCAUGGUUCUGUAUGAGGACCUCCGGAUAUACACAAUAUGGCGGACCGAAAUGGGCCAGUACCGGCAACAACAAAUGCAGUAUAAGAAAUCAGCAGCGGAGUGGGAGAUCCUGGGAGACCUCGCUGAGCGGUUACACCACACAAACGAGGCGCUGGAAGCAUAUCAGCAAUGCUUGAACAUCCGGUUCUCGCCUAAGGCCAUGAGAGGAAUACUUCGAAUGUACGAGAAGAAAGGCGACACAAGGCACGUACUGGCAUGCUUGAUCCGAUUGAUCACCUGGCAAUACCGGUGGUACUCGGAGUUUUCGCCGGAACUCUUCUACUCGAUCCGGAAGCUCAUUGAAGAAGAAGGGGCCGUCAAGAUCCGCUCUAUUGUCCAAAGCACCAAUCUCCCGCAGCAUGUGCUGGAUCUGACUCACGAAUACUGUCGCUUGUGUGUCACUUUUAGAAGCAGUGGCACUGAUGGAUGA